UCGCGCGCCGCCAUGGACGCCACGCCAGCGCUCCUGAGGGCCCCACCCGCCGAGGUGCUGGACGACGUGCUGCGGGAGCAGUUCGGGCCGUUGCCCCAGUUGGCCGCCGUCUGCCGCCUCAAGCGGCUGCCGUCGGGCGGCUACUCGUCCACGGAGGACCUGCAGUUGGUGCUGGAGCGGCGGCGCGUGGCCAACGCUAAGGAGCGCGAGCGGAUAAAAAAUCUCAACCGUGGUUUUGCCAAACUGAAGACGCUGGUGCCAUUUCUUCCCCAAAGCAGGAAGCCUAGCAAAGUUGAUAUCCUCAAAGGUGCAACUGAAUACAUACAAGUUCUCAGUGAUGUUUUGGAAGGAGCCAAAGACUCUGAGAAACAAGACCCAGAUCAUCAGAACUAUAGCAACAAUACUUCUGAACCACAUAUGUCCUUGGCUAGAGAGCUAUCGAGAAAUAUACCACAUGCCGGUUGUGCUGUGGGCUUGAAGAAUGAGGAGGAAGGGUCCUGGACAGAUGGCGGCAAUGGUGAGUCGGCACACACUUGUCGCCAGGGGGCGAUGUCUACAAUGGGAGUUAUCUCUCCAGCCAGGAGUCUGGAUAGGUUCCCAGAAGUAGAACUGAGUCACAGGUAG